CCUCUUCCUCCCCUUUCUCGCUCUCGUCGCUCUCUAUGUCUGGUCCGAUGUAGUUUCCGAACUCGUCGUACAUGUCUCCGGCGUCCAUGGCUGCCUUGGAAGUCCAGGGGAAGGUUGGGGUAGAAGAGCCCGCGUGGAAAUGGUGCGCACUAUUCAGAAUACGCCGUUUACGUGACGUCACAUGUGUGUUGCUGCUGAAUCAGCACAAACCGUCUCUGCUCUUGCCGCCCUUAGCCGCUCCCCAGGAGACAUGCAGCUCGCCAAACUGACGGACGAGGAAAAACUGAAGAUCAGCCGAAAAUACUUCAUCAUCGGUUGUUUCUUGCUCCCGAUGGUGUGGCUGGUCAACUCCGUGUGGUUCUUCAGAGAGGCGUUCUUCAGGAAAGACAAAGACAGGUCCAGACAGCUACAGAAAUACGUGGGAGGCUCGAUGGCAGGUUUUCUGGUGUGGCUAGUGGUGAUAGUGGUGUGGGUGUCGGUCUAUCAGACCCAGAGAGCCAACUGGGAUGCCAUCGGAGACUAUAUAUCAUUUACUGUACCCCUCGGUAGAGCUUAAUUCAGUCUCUACGUUCCAGUAUUUUA